CCCCAGAGACUAAGGGUUUAAUACCUGGAUCGUCACACCCAUCUCCCUGAGCACCACAGCUUUGACAACCUCCAUGAGCCUGCCCUCAGACAAGGACCCAAUGCCCAACUCCAGGCCAGUCAAGCCUCUGGCCCCUUCCUUGGCCCUCAGCCCAUCACCAGGAGCCUCACCCAGCUGGAGAGCUAUGCCCAAGCCCUCAGACAUGCUGAGGGCCAGGAGCCCAGGGGGAACCUUCCAGGGCCCAGACCUCCGAGGCCAGGCCCAUACCUCCUCCUGCUUGAACCCCAUGCCACCAUCACAGCUGCAGCUGCCCACAGUGCCCCUAGUCAUGGUGGCACCCUCUGGGGCACGACUAGGCCCCCUGCCCCACUUGCAGGCACUCCUCCAGGACCGACCACACUUUAUGCACCAGCUCUCAGCAGUGGAUGCCCACACCCGGACCCCUGUGCUGCAGGUGCACCCUCUGGAUGGCCCAGCCAUGAUCAGCCUCCCACCACCCCCCGCCACCACUGGGGUCUUCUCCCUCAAGGCCCAACCUGGCCUACCACCUGGGAUCAAUGUCACCAGCCUGGAGUGGGUAUCCAAGGAACCAGCACUGCUCUGCACCUUCCCAAGCCCUAGUGCACCCAGAAAGGACAGGUCAGUGGAUAAGGUUGGGAAGGAUCCUCACCCUGCUAUUGCCUUCCCUGACACCUUCUGUCCCCCCAGCACCCUUUUGGCCGCACCCCAGAGCUCCUACCCACUGCUGGCAAAUGGCGUCUGCAAGUGGCCUGGAUGUGAAAAGGUCUUUAAAGAGCCGGAGGACUUCCUCAAGCACUGCCAGGCGGACCAUCUCCUGGAUGAGAAGGGCAGGGCACAGUGUCUCCUCCAGAGAGAGGUGGUACAAUCACUGGAGCAGAAGCUGGUUCUGGAGAAAGAGAAGCUGGGUGCUAUGCAGGCCCACCUGGCCGGGAAAAUGGCACUGACCAAGGCACCAUCUGUGACAUCAUCUGACAAGGGCUCCUGCUGUCUUGUAGCUGCUGGCACCCAGGGCAGCGUCAUCCCAACCUGGCCUGGCCCCCGGGAGGCCUCCGACAGCCUGUUCGCUGUACGCAGGCAUCUGUGGGGCAGCCAUGGAAACAGCACAUUCCCAGACUUCUUCCACAACAUGGACUAUUUCAAGUUCCACAACAUGCGGCCCCCUUUCACCUAUGCCACCCUCAUCCGCUGGGCCAUCCUGGAGGCUCCUGAGAAGCAGCGGACACUCAAUGAGAUCUACCGCUGGUUCACACGCAUGUUUGCCUACUUCAGAAACCACCCUGCCACCUGGAAGAAUGCCAUCCGCCACAACCUGAGCCUGCACAAGUGCUUUGUGCGGGUGGAGAGCGAGAAGGGGGCUGUGUGGACCGUGGAUGAGUUUGAGUUCCGAAAGAAAAGGAGCCAGAGGCCCAGCAGGUGUUCCAACCCUACACCCGGUCCCUGAGGUCAAGACCAAGGAAAAAAGGAAGGAAGGACGGGCCAAGAUGGGGGCAGAGGUGGAUGGUAGCAGGGAUAACAGACCAUGGACAUGCCCAUAGAAAGUGUCCACUGUCUUGCCUGCCAGGACCCCUGCUCCCCAGCCAACAGUCCUCCUGGAUCAUACCUCUGCCCCUAGGCUGCACAGAGGGGUUCCAUUUCCAACCCCAGCCCCCACCUUCACCCUCUGCCCUGUCCUACCCCUGAGAUGGGACCUCUAGCCAAAGGGAGCCUUCACAAUCAGCCACAUACACAGUCUGCCUCAGCCACUCACAUAGAUGAUCUCAGGGCUGGAAAAGUCACACAGAUACACAGACUAUUAGAAUCCUGGUCCCUGGUCACAACACAAACCCCAAAACACAAAGAGCCUGCCUCAGUAUACUCAAAUGUCAUCAAAACUGCACAGUCACAUAAAGAUGAGCACAGUCCUGUCAACUCUCAUACCCCAAAGCACAUACCUACAGCUGGCCUCAUGGGUCACAGGGGCAAUGUCACAUAGGGGUGUGCCCAGAUACCAGCACUGAAGCAUCAGUACGCUCAGGAUCUCAGGU